AUGCCUACUCUCAGUAGCUUGUUUUCCCUGGCUUCCCUCCUGCUCAUCUGCUGGGUCCAUGUUUGCUUUCCAGUCUGCGUGGAAGUCCCUUCUGAGACAGAAGCAGUCCAGGGCAAACAGAUGAAGCUCCGGUGUAUCUCCUGCAUGAAGAGGGAAGAAGUGACAGCCAGCACUGUGGUGGAAUGGUUUUACAGGCCGGAGGGCGGUAAAGAUUUCCUUAUCUAUGAAUUCCGAAAUGGUCACCAGGAAGUUGAGAGCCCUUUCCAAGGCCGGCUGCAAUGGAAUGGGAGCAAAGACCUGCAAGAUGUUUCUCUUACUGUGCUCAAUGUCACACUGAACGACUCUGGUAUUUACACUUGCAACGUCUCCCGGGAGUUUGAAUUUGACUCACAUCGUCCCUUUGUGAAGACCACAAGGCUCAUCCCCCUCAAAGUCACUGAGGAAGCUGGAGAGGACUUCACAUCGGUGGUGUCGGAAAUCAUGAUGUACAUCCUCCUGGUCUUCCUCACUUUGUGGCUUCUCAUCGAGAUGAUUUAUUGUUACAGGAAAGUCUCCAAGGCUGAGGAGGCAGCUCAAGAAAAUGCGUCUGACUACCUCGCCAUUCCAUCAGAGAACAAGGAGAAUUCGGCAGUGCCAGUGGAGGAAUAG